AACCCACCCCCACAUAAAAAUAAUAAUACCCAGCUGUCUCCUUCUCCGACCACCACUCCUUCCUUCUCCGCCAUCGGAGGCGCCAGUUUCCCGGCCUUACAAUGGCCGCUGCCGCCGUCCUCCUCCUCCUCCUCCUCCUCCUCCCCCCUCUCUCCCUCUCCCUCUCCACCUCCGAAGCCCUUCUCAAUCUCAAACAAUCCUUCGCCCCCAACGAUAACCUCAACUUGUGGACUCCCGAUUCCUCCCCCUGCAAAGGCGGCUGGCCAGGAGUCGUCUGCGACAACUUCGGCAUUGUCACCGGCAUCCACUUAACCGGAAUGAACCUCUCCGGGAAGAUCGACGUCGACGCUCUCUAUGGUCUUUCCUCCCUCCGCACCAUCAGCUUCGUCAAUAACUCCUUCUCCGGUCCCAUCCCCGGAUUUAACCGUCUCGGCGCCUUGAAGUCUCUGCUCUUGAGCGGCAAUAAAUUUUCCGGUGAAAUCCCUGCCGAUUACUUCCAAACCAUGACGUCCUUGAAGAAACUCUGGCUCUCCGACAACAGUUUUGCUGGCGAAAUCCCGCCGUCAGUCGGGAAACUCCCCCAUCUCAUGGAACUCCACCUCGAGAACAAUCAAUUCUCGGGAAAGAUUCCCCAGAUCGGACAAAAGACCAUAACUUCUCUGAAUUUGUCGAACAAUAGAUUAGAAGGGGAGAUUCCGGAGAGUUUGAAGAAAUUCAAUGCGUCGUUGUUUCAGGAGAAUGACGGGCUCUGCGGGCCACCGUUGAACAGAGAGUGCAACCCUCGGGGGAAAUUACCGCUGGCGUCGCCGCCCUCUGAUAAAAAAGGCUCAAAAUCAAAAAUAGUGGUCGUUUUCAUCGUGGCGGGAGCUCUGAUGAUCGUUAUAUUUGGGUUCUGGGCGCUUCUUGCCAGGAAACACAACGAGGAAAAAUUCAACAUUUUGGAGAAAGAGAGCCUCCGGCGCGAGGCACUGGAGGUGCGGGUGGCUCCGCCGUCGGGGUCGACACGGCGCGGCGGGGAGUCCAACCGGCGGGGAGGGGACUCGAGCCGCAGCAGGGGAUCCCAUCAAGGGAAGAAUAACAACAGUGGUGUGGAUUUAGUGAUAAUAAACGAGGAAAGGGGGGUGUUUGGAUUGACGGACCUGAUGAAAGCGGCGGCGGAGGUGCUGGGGAAUGGGGGGCUGGGGUCAGCGUACAAGGCGGUGAUGGGGAAUGGGGUGGCGGUCGUGGUGAAGCGGCUGAGGGAGAUGAAUCGGUUGGGGAGGGAGGGCUUCGACGCGGAGAUCCGCCGCAUCGGGAGGCUCCGCCACCGGAAUGUUUUGACGCCAUUGGCUUACCAUUACCGGAAGGAGGAGAAGCUGUUGGUGUCGGAGUACGUUCCUAAAGGGAGCUUGUUGUACGUCUUGCAUGGUGACCGGGGGAUUUGUCACGCCGAGCUCAACUGGCCGACGCGACUGAAGAUCGUGCAGGGCAUUGCCCGCGGAAUGGGAUUCCUGCACUUUGAGUUUGCGUCGCUAGAUCUCCCCCACGGCAACCUCAAGUCCUGCAACGUCCUCCUCAACGCCGACUACGAGCCCCUCCUCACCGACUAUGCCUUCCACACUCUCCUCAACCCCGCCCAAGCCUCCAACGCCUUGUUCGCCUUCCGCACUCCUGAGGCCGCCCACCUCCGCACCACCGACGACAAACAAGCCCCCAUCGUCUCCCCUAAAAGCGACGUCUACUGCCUCGGCAUCAUCGUCCUCGAGAUUGUCAGCGGAAAGUUCCCCUCCCAGUACCUUAGCACCGGCAACGGCGGCACCGACGUGGUGCAAUGGGCCCAUUCUGCGAUCCUUGAACAGAGGGAGUCGGAGUUCAUCGACCCCGAGAUUGCGAGCGCUGCCGGCGGCGAGUCGUUGGAUCACAUGGAGCGGCUCCUCCGCAUUGGCGCAGCCUGCACGGAGAGUGACCCUAAUAAGCGAGUCGACAUGAAAGAAGCUCUUAGGAGGAUAGAAGAGGUGAGGGUGUGAUAUAUGUUGAUGCGGCUGAUUAACUCAGGAGUGGAUCUGUAGGUGAGGUUGAGUAUGCAUACAUAUAUAUAUUUUUUUUAUAUAUGUUUGUGAUCAUCAGUA